GAAACGCAAACUUCACACGCGGGAAAAGAUCUCCGGUCAGCUUGAAAGUCCUGCGUUUUCCCCUCAGACCAAUUGCCAGAGUGAUAGAGAAAUGGAUCUGCCAAUUGCUAUUUGGCAAGUGGGCGGAGUCAAACGUUUAGCUCCACCCACAUUGAGCCACUCCUCGAUCUGCGUACUGCAGUCAGGGCUUACUUCUCGGAUGGGAUGCCCAGCCACAAAGCGACUGUAAUGGAUUCCUCCCUGAUGUUGCCACAGAGGACAACUCUUCAGAUUUUGCCGUGCACAGUGUCUCAGCUGCUGUCUGCCUCUCGAGGCAGCGACAGAACCUUUACAAUCUGCAACUGGGAACUCAACCAGGUCUCUGUAGUGGGCAUCAUCCGAGGAUCGGCUCCCUCUGUGACCAACAUCCAGUACUCUGUGGAUGACAUGACUGGCCCACCUUUAAAUGUGAAGCAGUGGGUUAACACAGAGGACUGUGUUUCUCCUGGAACGUAUGUGAAGGUGAUUGGAAGCCUACGCAGUUUGGAUGGUCAAAGGUCAUUGCUGGCGAUGGACAUUCGUUGUAUCAAGGACCUCAAUGAGAUCACGUCCCACAUGUUGGAAGUGGUACAAGCACAUAUGCAGCUUUUUGGAAAGGCAUUUGAUGUGAAUAUGAAUACCAUUGUCGGCCAUGAUGGCGGUGAACAUCCUAAAGGUGUCUUGCCAAAUGGUUUGUCCACCAUCCAGGGUCAGGUGAUGCAUGUGAUCCGAAGGUUCUCUGUUAGCGAUAUUGGCAUUGGGUUCCAUGAACUGCAGUCCCAGCUCAACCACCUCAGCAUGGGAGACCUCAGAGCGUCCCUGACAUUUCUGAUAAAUGAAGGCCAUGUCUUCUUUACCAUUGAUGAGCAUCAUUUCAAGUCAACAGAACAUUAGCGGGCUACCUGGAGUCAGCGCAGUCCUGGAUCUGAUCAGGAUUUACCCACAUUUUUGGAGUGACAUACAUCUUUUUUUUUUUGGUUAAAUUAUAACUAGUGCUGUAGCUGAUGGCUUUGUUUGUCUUGUUCUAAAUAUGUUAUACCCUGUGGGGUUACACAAGCAGGGUUUAUACUGCAUAGAAUUACUGCCCUGAUGUAUUGCUCUGACUAAUUUGUUUGACUAUAUAUAUAUAUAUAUAUUUUUUUUUUUUCUUUAUCUUUUUAAUUUCUAAGUUGUAUAUGUAUGCUGAAUUUAUCUGUACCCUGCAAAUGUUGUCUUGUUUGCUGUAUAUAAAGGGACUGUGACUCAGCAGAAUCAA